CAAAAAGAGCGCAUCAAUCAUAAUCGCGUAAAAUCUGUCACAUCAGUGGUGCGAGUGCGGACACGGAUUGGGAGUUUUCCUCCGCCGAAGAAAAGUAAUUUCCUAGUGUUUGCCGUCGCCGCAACAACUACACCAAGGAAACCGAGAAGCAUGUCCACCACCGUGGAACCGUGCCUGACGUGUUUCCGCAAGACGGACAACUACCUGCGCAUCACGGACGACUCGAACGAUGAGGACGUGGAACGGAUCGUGACCACUCACUUUUGGUUUUCGGAAACGGAAUGCGCCAGCAGUGUGCUGUGUACCAGCUGCUGGGAGAAGAUCGACGAUUUUCACAAGUUCUACUGCGAGGUGCGCCGGGUGCAUUUGGACCAUGGGGUGAACGAGCCGGCGGUCGGGUUGCACAUCAAGGUGGAACCGCUCGAGGGUCCGGUGGUGGUGGUUGAAAACAAGAUCAAACGGGAGGCGUCGGCGGAGGCGAAGGAGGAAGCGUCCUGCGACGACGAGGAGGUGGACCGAUUGGACAGCAAAACGGAUCUGGAGGAGGUGAAGGACGAGGAUGGUGGCGGCAACGAGUCGGAACCGGAGGUGAAAGCUCCGCCGCCGGUCAAGAAGAAGCGUGGCCGCAAACGGAAGAACGCUGCGGUUGAGGAGGUGGUAGUGGUGGAAGAGGAAAAAGUGGAACCGAAGCCGGAGGAGGUGAUGCUGGAUCCGGAAGAGGAAGUACACACGGAUGAUGAUUCUGAUUGGGAACCCCCACGGGAUGAUGAUUCCGGGGAGGAAUUUGCGGCCACUAGUGUUAAAUCGAAGCGAACGAAAGGGGAAAAGAAACCGAGGAAGAAGUAUGGUCCUAGGAAAGCUAAGAAGGAGAGGAAGGACGAUGAAGAGCGAUCGAUGAUUGGAAAGACCAAGGAGGACAUUGCCCGGGAGGAUGACUUUAUUCGAAAGUACUGUCCCAUCUUUUGCGACAAGUGCAACUUCAGCUCGGACACGUUCGGAGAGCUGAAGCACCACACGACGACGGUUCACAACUGCAACCCGAUGGUGGUCUGCUGCGAUCACAAGUUCUACAAGCGUUCGUUCCUCUACCAGCAUGCCCAGUACCACGAGGACCCAAACAAGUUCAAGUGUGAAGCUUGCGUGAAAACCUUCCACAGCGGGCUGGCUUUGCGGCUGCACCAGGCCUACACCCACGUGAAGGACGAGGAGCGGAUCUACAAAUGCGACGUGUGCCAGGCCAGCUUUGCCAAGGCUUACCAUCUGACGUCGCAUCGACUGAAGCACACCUCGAUCGCGGAGAAGCGCUUCUACUGCGUCGAGUGUGACAUCGCGUUCCGCACGAACCAAUCCUACAGGACGCAUCUGCACUCGAAGCACGGGGCGGCCGCUAAGUACGUGUGCGAUAUCUGUGCCCGUGGGUUCCGCCAGCGGUCCGAUUUGCUCACCCAUCAGCUGACGCACAGUGCCGAGGGCUUGGAGCAGCUCAAGAUCCAGUGCGAGCGGUGCCUCAAAUGGAUGAAGAACAAGAAAUCCAUCUGGACCCAUCGGAAGAUCUGCCAGAGCACUGGGCCGGUGGCGUGCGACAUCUGCGGAAAGAUGGCGCCGAAUCCGGCGCAGCUCAAGAGCCACAAGAAGUACAUGCACCAGGACCAGCGGGUGCACCAGUGUAGCUACUGCGAUAAAGCGUUCAAGCGACCCAUCGAUCUGAAGGAACACGAAACCAUCCACACCGGCGAGGUGCUCUACACGUGCAACUUCUGCAACAAAACGUUCAACUCCAACUCCAACCUGUACUCGCACCGGCGGAAAAUGCACCCGGUCGAGUACGCCGACUGGAAGCUGGCCGUGCAGAUGAAGAAACAGCCGGCGGACGUGCAGGCGGCAACGAUGGCCGCUGCAACGGCAGCAGCCGCCGCAACGGCCGCCGCCUCCGCCGCCACCAUUGGCAUUCCGGAGCUGCCGCCGUUCUUGCCGGGGUUAAUUCCGGGCGGUGUGCUUCCGCCGCUCAUGCCGCCGCAAACGUCCGACGGUGGUAGCUACUCCUGAGCCCGGGGAGGGGAUCGGUCUUCGUAAUUAGUAAGUAGUAAGUAGAUUUUAGAUUUGUGUGUUUAUUUCCUGAAUCGUGACGGUGAGUAUAAGGUACGUGUAUAUAGUGGCAUAUAUAAUAUAGGCGCUUUCGUCUCUGAUAAUGGCA